GAAGAUCUGCUGUCUGAAGAGCCGCAUACAUAACAUACAUUACAUACAUGCUUACAUUUAUACAUACAUUUAUGCGUUUUCACGCGAAUGCUUUAGGCGCUGCUUACGCGUACAUAUGAAGUGCCCAUGCCGAUGACUACAUAGCCGGUUUCCUGGUUUCUGAGUCGCAUACCCUUUGAGCCCAGGCAGGGUGCAAGUCAUGGGGAACCAGCUCGCGGGGAUAGCCCCUUCCCAGAUCCUCUCUGUGGACAGCUAUUUCUCGGACAUUCAUGACUUUGAAUAUGACAAGAGCCUGGGCAGUACGCGGUUCUUUAAGGUUGCCCGAGCCAAGCACCGGGAAGGCCUAGUGGUGGUGAAGGUCUUUGCCAUACAGGACCCAUCUCUGCCCCUCACCAACUAUAAACAGGAGCUGGAAGAGCUGAAGAUCCGGCUGUGCUCUUCCCAAAACUGUCUCCCUUUCCAAAAGUUCACCCUCAACGAGAAGGCAGCCAUGCUGUUCAGACAAUAUGUCAGAGACAACCUUUAUGACAGGAUCAGCACCCGUCCCUUCCUGAACAACAUUGAGAAGCGAUGGAUUGCCUUUCAGAUCCUGACUGCUGUGGACCAGGCACACAAGUCUGGGGUCAGGCAUGGGGACAUCAAAACAGAGAAUGUCAUGGUGACCAGCUGGAACUGGGUCCUCCUGACAGACUUUGCCAGCUUCAAGCCCACCUAUCUACCAGAAGACAAUCCUGCGGACUUCAAUUAUUUCUUUGACACCUCCAGGAGGAGAACCUGUUACAUCGCCCCAGAGAGGUUUGUUGACGGCACCACCUUCUCCACAGAACUUGAGUCCAUUAAAGAUCCAUCUACGCCUUUGGUGGAUCUUACAAACAACAACCAAAGAACAAGAGGGGAUCUUAAGCGAGCAAUGGAUAUCUUCUCAGCAGGCUGUGUUAUAGCAGAACUGUUCACAGAAGGGGUGCCGUUGUUUGACCUGUCUCAGCUGUUGGCCUACAAAAAGGGGCAAUUCUCACCCGAUCAGGUGUUGAGCAAAAUUGAAGACAGCUCUAUCCGGCAAUUGGUCACACAAAUGAUCCGCCGUGAACCGGAGAAAAGAUUAGCAGCGGAAGAUUAUUUAAAACAACAGCGAGGGAAUGCCUUCCCUGACAUCUUUUACACAUUUUUACAGCCGUACAUGGCCCAGUUCGCGAAAGAAACGUUCCACUCUGCCGAUGAACGCAUCCUUGUUAUCCGCAAAGAUCUAGACAACAUCAUCCACAACCUCUGUGGCGAUGAUCAAAGCGAGAAGUCCGAGGGUGAAACCAAGGAACACGGGCUGCUCAUCUUGGUCUCUGUGAUUACGUCCUGUUUGCAGACAUUGAAGUACUGCGAUUCGAAGCUGGCUGCCCUGGAACUUAUCUUACAUCUGGCUCCGCGCUUGAGCGUUGAGGUCUUACUGGACCGUAUCACCCCGUACCUUUUACAUUUUAGCAAUGACUCUGUUCCUAGAGUGAAGGCUGAAGCUGUGAGAACGUUGACAAAGGUUCUUGCCCUCGUGAAGGAAGUUCCUCGAAAUGACAUUAACAUUUAUCCAGAGUACAUAUUGCCAGGCAUAGCGCAUUUGGCACAAGACGAAGCGACUAUUGUCAGACUUGCUUAUGCAGAGAAUAUUGCUCUUCUGGCUGAAACUGCCCUAAGGUUUUUGGAACUGGUGCAGCUGAAGAACCUAAACAUGGAGAAUGAUCCAAACAGUGAAGAACUAGAAGAAGUGUCACACCCCAGUGAGAAUUAUGACACAGAGUUGCAGGCUUUGCAUGAAAUGGUCCAGCAAAAGGUGGUGACAUUGCUGAGUGACCCGGAGAAUAUUGUCAAGCAGACUUUGAUGGAGAAUGGAAUAACAAGGCUCUGUGUCUUUUUUGGUCGGCAAAAAGCUAACGACGUCCUCCUUUCUCACAUGAUCACAUUUCUGAAUGAUAAGAAUGACUGGCACCUCCGUGGCGCUUUCUUUGACAGCAUUGUUGGUGUAGCCGCGUACGUUGGGUGGCAAAGCUCCUCGAUCUUAAAACCCCUUCUCCAGCAGGGCCUGAGCGAUGUCGAAGAGUUUGUCAUCUUUAAAGCUCUCAAUGCUCUGACCUGCAUGAGCCAAUUGGGUCUGCUUCAAAAGCCACAUGUCUAUGAAUUUUCUUGUGACAUUGCACCCUUUUUAUGCCACCCCAAUCUGUGGAUACGGUAUGGUGCUGUUGGAUUUAUCACUACAGUAGCCCAGCAGUUAAACAUAGCAGACGUAUACUGUAAGCUAAUGCCCUACCUCCAUCCAUUCAUCACCCAGCCAAUUAUACAGAUAGACAAGGAGAUAGUUCUGCUGAGUGUGCUGAAGGAACCAGUAAGCCGCUCCAUAUUUGAUUAUGCUCUGAGAUCAAAGGACAUCGCAAGCCUCUUUAGACAUCUCCAGAUGCGCCAGAAGAAGAGAAACGGUUCUCUGCUCGAGUGUCCUCCUCCCGAUGAUCCAGCAAUCGCUCAGCUCUUAAAGAAGCUCUUGUCUCAGGGGAUGACAGAAGAUGAAGAAGACAAGCUUUUAGCACUAAAAGACUUCAUGUUAAAGUCGAACAAGGCCAAGGCGAACAUAGCAGAUCAAAGCCAUGCACAUGAAAGUUCUAUAAAAGGGCUGAUUGAUCUGCAAGCUUUGGGCCUCAGCGGAAGGCAAGCUGAUCUUGUUAAACCAAAACUGGAUACUGAAGACAAACGCACCCGGAAACAUGUAAAACAAGAUUCUAAUGUGAAUGAAGAGUGGAGGAGCAUGUUUGGGGCAAUGGAGCCAUCGAGCAUGAACCAGGCAGGCACAAGAACAUUGCCGUCCGAGCAGGAGUCUGGGAAGCCACUUCGAUCUGAGUCUUCUGCUGCUCUUUGCGUACCGUUGUCAUCCUCCCCACAGACUACCGAGGGGACAGGUAUCCAGUCAAGGAGACCAACCCUGCAGAUCCACACCAGCACAUCCUUGCCUUCAGCCUUCCAAAUACGCAUGACAACAUGUAAAAGUGAACUUCAGCACCUCGUCCAGCAGAAACGGGAGCAGUGCAAUGCAGAGAGACUCGCCAAACACAUGAUGGAGGCUGCCGAGUGGGAGAGUAAACCUCCGCCAACAGGAUGGCACCCUAAAGGCCUGCUAGUGGCUCAUCUACAUGAGCACAAGGGCCCUGUAAACAGAAUAAGAGUCUCAGACGAACAUUCCAUUUUUGCCACGUGCUCAAAUGAUGGGACAGUAAAGAUCUGGAACAGCCAGAAAAUGGAAGGAAAGACAACGACCACAAGAUCAGUAUUAACAUAUUCCCGUAUCGGGGGCCAUGUUAAGACAAUGACCUUUUGCCAAGCAUCGCAUUAUUUGGCUGUGGCUUCAGACAACGGCAACAUUCAGCUUCUUGCCAUUGAAGCUUCAAAGCCCCCCAAAUCUCCCAAAAUUCACCCUCUUCAAAGCAGAUCCUUGAAUCUACAGGAAGACGGCUGCGUGGUGGACAUGCAUCAGUUUAAUUCGGGGUCACAGUCCGUGCUGGCCUAUGCCACUGUGAACGGCUCAUUGGUGGGAUGGGAUCUGAGAUGCUCCUCCAACGCCUGGACAUUGAAACAUGAUCUGAGAUUAGGUCUUAUAACCUCGUUUGCAGUAGAUAUCCAUCAGUGCUGGCUGUGUAUUGGUACUAGCAGUGGAACUAUGGCGUGCUGGGACAUGAGGUUCCAGUUACCAAUAUCCAGCCACACUCAUCCGGCUCGUGCGCGCAUCAGGCGCCUUCUGAUGCACCCACUCAGCAUGUAUCAGUCGUGGGUCAUAGCAGCUGUUGAAGGCAAUAAUGAAGUCUCCAUGUGGGAUAUGGAAACUGGAGAUCGUAGAUUUACAUUGUGGGCCAGUAACGCUCCCCCACUUUCUGAAAGACAGGCGUCUCCUCACAGUGUUCAUGGGAUUUACUGUAGUCCAGCAGAUGGAAACCCCAUAUUAUUGACUGCAGGGUCUGAUAUGAAAAUCAGAUUUUGGAAUUUGGCUUGUCCGAAGAGAUCUUACAUUAUUGCAGGGAGCACCAAUAAUCUACCUCCUGUAUCGUACUUCAGCAAAAUAAUCGAGGGCACCGAGGUUGUCCAAGAAAUUCAAAGCAAGCAUCCAGUUGGUCCUAGUGAAGAUACACCCCGAAAAGGGCCAGAGUCGUUGCCAGCUGGACACCAUGACAUAAUCACAGACAUGGCCACUUUCCAAACCACACAAGGAUUCAUAGUAACUGCUUCUAGGGAUGGCAUUGUAAAAGUGUGGAAGUAAAGAUUGCUAGAAGACUACAACAUUCUCAGAAGGCCCCUGAUAGCCCACCCUUGGCAGCAGGAGGAUCCCACCGUGCACUGCACUCCGUUUCAGGUCCCACCAGAAUGGUGGCCGCUGACUUGUGCUGCUGGGGUGGUAUAAGGAUUUCGGCACCAUACAACAACUUGGCUCUCAAAAGAAGAUUUUCUACGUAUCUUUUUACAUGAAAUGUCCUGCCUAUAGUAUUAUUACAGAAUAUUGCAAGUUUAAACAAUUUAAAAAUGUUCUCUAUUUUGUACAAUGUACAUAUGAAACGAAUACGUGCAAUCCGGUUUUGUAGGAACACAUUCACUAAACUGUGCUGUGAUAUUUAAAUCUGAAAGCAUCUUGAAAGUUUAUUUACAAGACCGUAGAAGUGAAGGAAAAAGGCAUGGGUUUUGCACUUAUGUUCUCACAUACUACUAAUAAAGAACUACCUAUAUGCCAAAA